AUGAAGAAUCUCGUACCUUCUCCUUUCGAUGAGCUUAAUUGGUCCGGAAGAGGCCAGCAUGUGGAAUACAUGGCUGGUGAAGAGCACAAUAUCCCGUUGCAAGUCGAGGGUGUGCUUGGAUACUCCAAAGCGGUUGUGGAGCGGGUCCGCUGUAGGAGGAUUAUACUCGCUCAAAAAACUAUCCGCUGUAGUCCACGCAUCAGCAAGGAGGAGGCCCUGCAGGAAGUUGAACACCUCCAGCGCCUUAGCCAUUCGCAUAUCGUCCGUCUUGUUGGUACCUACAUUAUUGCCAGAAAGCUCUGUAUCCUGAUGUAUCCGGCUGCCGAAUACGACCUUGAUGGGUUCUUGGUGUCAAUCCAGGAUGGGCUUGCGGACCCCGUCCGAUCUUCACAGCGACUCCUGGAAGUUUCUGAAAAGCAGUUCGCCUUGACGAGGUUCUUUGGAUGUCUGGCCAGUGCAGUGCAAUACGUACACGACAGCAACACGAAGCACAUGGACAUCAAGCCAAAGAAUAUUAUCGUCAAAGCGAAGUCAUCGGGAGGCAAUCCUGCGGGAAGCCACCGAGUCACCAAAUACAAGGUAUACCUUACCGACUUUGAGAUUGCGCGUACCUACGAAUGCGCUCUUGAGUCAGAAACGGACACGCCAAUCGCCUGCAGCAGGCCAUAUGCCGCGCCUGAAGUUGUGCUGCAAACGAUCCGUGGGUUCAAGUCAGAUAUCUUCUCACUUGGCUGCGUGUUUGCGGAGAUGGUUGCCACUUUAUACAGCACCGUGAAAAACGACUACAGGCAACACCUUCGAGAUAUGCUUCACGGCGACACAUCGUAUCAAGCACAUACCGAGGACGUACAGAAAUUUGUGAGAACCUUGUUAAGAAGUCCUACAUCGGCUAGCUUAUGGCCUACACAUGACGUCAUUUGCGGAUCCAUCUUUGGAGAUCCUCCGGAGACGAGCUGUGCGCAUUUCAUGGCAGCAUUCUCUGAUAUAUUCGAACUCAUGCUUGACCAAAAUCCAGCACGGAGACCAACUGCAGUCAGAUUGGGAUUGUUGUUUAGACAGUACAGCUUAAUGUGCGGCAGAUGCUACGAGGGCCCGGAGCCGUUCGAGGCUGUCUCAAGAAUUUGA